GGCAGAACGUUCGAAAACAUGUGGCUGGAGGUCUGGCUGGCAGCGCUGAGCACACUGUGUGCUGGCCUGGGGGCUCGGGGGGAGCACACCGACUACAGCCGGAGGGUUUCACUGCAGUACAAUCCUGGAACCAGUGACCAGUCUGUGAACCUUUUGCAUGUACGUGCUGUGGACAAUGUCAGCACCAUUCACUAUGUAUGGAGUACCAUUGGGGUCCCCACUGCUCUCCUCAUAUACACCUCCAGUCCGACAAGUGAGCUGAACAUUAAUUGGACCAAAUUAACAUCACGAGAACCAUACGGUGCUAUCGCAAUACAGCCGUCCAGCAGUGUCCUUUACUCUACUGCCCUGAUGUUCACAAGAAUCUUUGAGUAUUCUGAUGUAAAUAACACCGCAAAUUUCUCGGGGACCGCUGAGAAAUCCUUCUACCCCACCUACGACUUGUCUGACUUCAAGUGGGAAAAUGCAAAUGCCACUUUAAAUACCUCUUCCUUGACUGCCAACCUGACCGGGAGAUACGAGUCGGAGAGCUUCCAGAAUGGAAGUGUGACUUUCCGAGUAUCGGCUUUUGGCAGUUCUGGGAGGGAUCUCGCCUCUCCUCGCCUGCUCCACACAGCAAACUCUUCCAAGCUUGAGUUUUUGAUGUCAGAGGUCAAACCUCGGGGGAACAACUCCCGUUUUGCCCUUGAGAUGUUCACCUUGGAGAAGAAGAAGGGACGUAAGAAGAUGGUGUCUGUACGCUCAAUCGAUGACGAAUAUACCCCAACGAUUUUUGAGGUCGCACAGCUUAUUGCAAACAUGCCGAAUGACAGCCAUGCCCAGGGUUAUUUCCAGUGGAAGUCUGUGGCCUAUGGUGCCGUCGACGGCAAAAGAGCGGAUUCACUUCCAUGCCAGUACUAUGACUUGAGGCUAGUGAAUGAAUCUCUGCAGUUUCCCAGCAUUGUCCAUGCCUUCUUUGGAAAAGACCUGAUUGAGAGAUACAAUGUGGAGGCCUUCAACGUUUCCUUUGGGAUUGCAGAUGGGGACUUCUAUGAUAAACACAAUUUUUUAAGUUGGUCAGCUCUGAUUGGUUACGGAACACCUCCCAAGGACACCUUUUCCACCCUGGUUAUCUGUAUCAUGGCAGUGGCCCUUGGCACUCCGUUGCUGCUGUUGAUCGUUGGUGCAGUCGUUGUCUUCUCUUUGCGAAAUAGAGUGUACUCUAGUUAUGAGCCUAUUAAUUAGCUGGUGGCUGGCGGUGGUGUAGUGCGGUCACAACUCACGCCUUGUACACUUGAAGAUGGGCUUUUUUUUAGUUUGCACAUGGACUCUUUAAGAAUCGAAUUUGUGGUAGCAACAUGGCACUGCAGGAGAUUGGUCGCCCUACUUACCACCACUAGAAGUAAACUAUUCCAGAUAGACUAUCUCCUAUGGUGCCAGCAAGCAUUAGAUUUUGGAUUACUGGGGAGGGGGAGUGAGCAGUUUUGUGUAACGGGUAUUAUUUUUCUCUUUCUGCUUAUCUCCUCUCUCCCACGAAGAGUUAAGGUUAAAAGACGAUUGGAUUUAUUUUUUCGUCUGGCCAGUUGUCUUGCCUUGUGCAUGUUUGUUAUUGUAUUUGAUUAGGUACACUCAGCAAUCACUUGUGUUUUUCAAGAUCAGAUGGAGCCAGAGAAGUGACCAUUAGGGAACUUUUUUUUUUUUUUUUUUAACCCCCUGAAUGCUG